CACGAAGCAUAAGAUGUAGAAAGUAUGAGAUGAUCAUAACCAUAUGGAGACUGGUGGGGAGGGGGAAGCACACCCACCCCCCUGGAUAAACAAGACAAGCAUACAGAGCAGAAUGGAGAGAGGGAGUGAGAGAGCGAGCGAGUGCAAUGGAAAUAAAGCAAAACAGCAAGAAUGUGAAAAGAAACAUCUUCAUGGAGAGGAGGAGCUCAAAGAGAGGAAGAGUACCGAGGAGAGGGAGGGGCUUCAAGAAGAGAAGGAGUGCCAGAGAGAGGAGGAGCUCGGGGAGAGGAGGGCGAGGGAGGCUCUUUGAAGGGGUCGGCAGCCGCCCGCACCGCACGGCUGUCAGAGGAACCCUGCCUGCCCAUGUCAGCUCCUUUCCACUCUCUCCUCAUCCGUCCGACUUGUUGCUUCCUCUGUCUGCUUUGAGGUUUUCUGGAGGGCCGUCUGCCAUUACCUCUCUUUUCCACACGAGGUGCUGUUACACACGUCGGAGAUCACAGUUUGGGAAGGUUACGGAUGCUUUGGGGAGCCUUGCUGCUCUCCACAGGCGACGUGUCACUGAGAGGGCCCCCUGGAGGUCACGGGCAGGGGAACCGGAGCAGUGGGCCGGGCUGAGGGAGGUGUGGCCUCACCCUUAUAUGGACGGCAGAAGGCUGAAGCUCUGGAGUGACUCUUGCUGCUGCCCCGUGGUUCUCUGAGAGGUCCGCUCCUCUGGUGCUUCACGAGGGCUGCUCAGGGCCGUGUUCUGUUGUUCCUUUCUGUUGGACUGUGGCUCCCCGUCCCUAGACAAUAGGCGCCUUUGUGCCAGAGGAGAUUGCCGUCAUGGCUGCCUGCUAGUCCCGGCAUCCUCCUGUGGCUCACCGGCCCUGAUGCAGCGGUGCCACUGGGCCUGCACCUCGUCGACCCGCACAUCUGCCCCGGAGGUUGCUCUUACCCCCUUCCCCAGGGGAACCACCGCCUCAGAAUGAGAGAGGAACUCCACACGCUCUCUCUCUUCACCAGGACACCCUACAUCUGACAGACCUCUUCUUGUUGCUAUGAGACAGCAUCUCGGGACAGAGUCUCCGCUCACCCGGCCUUUUCUCUGGCCCUGAGACCCACGUCACCAUGGCGACGCCGGCCUGGUACCACCGGGACAUCAGCCGCGUGCAGGCCGAGGAUCUUCUGGCCCGGGCAGGGAGAGAUGGCAGUUUCCUCGUCCGGGACAGUGAGUCAGUUGCGGAAGCCUACGCCUUGUGUCUGCUCUUCCAGCGCCAUGUCCACACAUACCGGAUCCUGCCUGAUGCGGACGGGCUCCUGGCAGUGCAGACCUCCCAAGGGGUACAGGUGAAUUGUUUCCGGACGCUGGGGGACCUGGUGCUGGGGUACCAGCAGCCCCACAAAGGCCUGGUAACCCCACUCCUGUACCCCGUGGGCCAGGAGGCCGAGCUGGGAGACGAGAGCUCUGAUGGGGAAGACGAAAGGCCGGGUGUGACGUCGUCAGGAUGGAGCCCCGGCCUGGCCCCGCCCACGGCCCCGCCCCCUGGCCCCACCAUGACCGCAAACUCCCAUCUAUAUUUCCUGCACAGACUGCAGGAGCUCUCCAGCCAGAGUGUGGCCAGUGACAUGGUGGCCCUGUUCAGCGAGUACCUCCGCACUGAGCUUCCUCAGGAGAUGGACAGCCUGCGGAGGGGGGGGACAGCCCUGCACAGUCUGCAGAGGAUCCUGGGCAGCACCUGCGAGGGUCUGCGCGGUGAGAUAGACCUGACUUUAUCCAGCUUGGAGACCCUGGCCAGAGUGUUUGACCACCCCACCUGUCCUCUACUCAGUCCCAAGUCCCAGAAUGCAGGGAAGCUGUCAGACCAAGGACUGGACAGCCUGCUGUGUAAGAUCUCAGCCUUGUGCAGCCUGCUGUCUUCACUUGAAAAAAGGGUGCUUAAGGCUCUGCAGGACGCCGUAGCCAAUCACAAUCUGGCCGUGCAGCCGGCCCCACCCCCUGAGACUGCCCAUGUAGUGAAGCCGUGGGCGAGGCCUGUCCCCGUUUGCAGCUUCCAGGUGAAGGUGUCACACUCGGGCAGGCAGCUACUGUCGAUCGACGUGGACAACGGGGUCCUGCUGUUUGACCGCAAGUCAGGGGCCUUCGGCGUGGAGACUGUGUCACAUGACCGCAUCCUGAAGCUGAUGAGGUUCCACACUAAUCCAGGGAAACUGUGCAUGGUGGUGGACAGUCACACUCAUCCCCCUCGGGAGAUACUGUUCGAGAGUGAGAAGAAGUGUGAGGCUUUCUGCCAGUUACUGCAGCUGCUGAAGGCCAGACGGGCUCUGCACAGCCAGCCGGACGCCAUCUCUGUGUUCGUGGGGACCUGGAACAUGGGUGGGUCCCCUUCGCCCCGGAGUCUCCAGUCCUGGGUGAAAUGCUGUGGCCUGGGGAACAUCCCGGAUGAGAGCACCAGGACGCUCCCUCAUGACGUCUAUGCCUUCGGGACACAGGAGAACCCGCAGGGGGAGAGGGACUGGGUGGAGCAUCUGAGGGCGGUGCUACGAGCUGCCACUCACAUCAACUUCAAGCUGGUGGCAGUACAAUCCCUGUGGAGCAUCAGGCUGGCGGUGUUUGUGAGGCCGGAACAUGAGAAGCAUGUCAGUCACGUGAGCGUGGCCAGUGUGAAAACAGGCCUUGGGAACACACUGGGACACAAGGGAGCAGUGGGGCUGUCCUUCCUCUUCAGUGGCACAUCUCUGGGCUUUGUCAAUUGUCACCUGUCAUCUGGGAGUGAGAAGGCAGUGAGGAGGAACCAGAAUUUCCAGGACAUCCUGCGGCUUUUGUCUCUGGGCGACUGGCAGCCGAGUCCAUUCGACAUCAGCCUUCGCUUCGCACACCUCUUCUGGUGCGGAGACCUCAACUACCGGCUGGACCUGGACGUGCAGGACAUCCUGAAGCACGUUUGCAAGCGUGAAUUCGAGGCUCUGAUGUGCGCUGAUCAGCUGACCCGGGAGCGUCACAAGAGAAAAGUCUUCCUUCAUUUCAGUAAGCGACCAUGUCUAACAUCACUUCCCAGCUCACAUAAGGGCGGUUCCCUUCAUCACUGCGCCACCCACAGGCCGGGGCAGGCAUGCUCGUCUCAGAUGUCGUCCCUCCCCUCACUUCUUCUCCUCUCUAAUCUCUCCAGCAUUUUCUUCACAGAUGAAGAGAAGAUCUUGUUCCCUCCCACCUACCGGUACGAGCGUGGGUCCAGGGAAUGCUACCAGUGGGAGAAGUACAAGACCUCGGGUGUUCGCGUCAACGUGCCUUCGUGGUGUGACCGUGUGCUGUGGAAGUCCUACCCGCAGACGCACCUAGUCUGCACUGCCUAUGGCUGCACGGAUGAUAUCACAACCAGCGACCAUUCCCCUGUCUUUGCCACAUUCCAGGUUGGGGUGGCAUCACCAGUCAUCUCAAAACCAGACACAGGGCCAAGUGAGAGGGCAUAUAUAGAGCUGGAGGGCGUGGAGGUCAUCGUCAAGACAGCCAGCAAAGCCAAAUUCUCCUUGGAGUUUCACUCCUACUGCCUGGAAGAAUUCCGGCGUUCCAGCGAGAAUGAUUCCCAGAUCUGUGAAGUACCAGGCUUCCUCAAACUGGGCUGGUCUUCGAGACAGCUGCCAAAGCUCUUUCCUGUCAUCUCAGACAUGGAGCAUCUUCAGGACCAGCACCUGCUAUUGUCAGUUAAGUCAUGUGACGGACUCGAAUCCUACGGUGAAUGCUGUGUAGCCCUCAGAAGCCUCCUGGGCUCCACAGCGGAGGCGUUUGAGACGUUCCUGACCCACCGUGGUGAGGAGAUGGGCUCCCUUCGGGGCAGACUACGGGUCCACGUGCCCAAGGACCGGCGACAGAGGCGGGAACGGACCUACGAGUGGUUUUGCUUUGAGAAAGACGAGAGCAGCUUGGCUAGAGGUACCCCAUCCCACCCAGUGACUGGUGGCCCUUCUGCACGGUCCCCAGCUGGACCAUCUACACCAGCGCCAGCUCAGCCUGCCCAAGCUCCUUCGGCAUCAGUCCCGAGCAGCUACACCAACCCUGCAUACUUCAUCUUUGAGGAGAUGCCCAUUCAGCGUUUCGCAACUGAGGACCCCGCCCCAAAGCGGGACCCCCGGGUGGUAUGGGCCAGGGACUCUGCCUUGCAGCUCCCCAAGGUGUCCCCGAACCAAAGUCAGCAGGGGAAGUCCACCCGCAGGUCUGACUUUACGGAGAUCGAAAUUCCAGGAUGCCUUCCCCACUGUCGGCCGUCUGGGGAGACUCCGUCCUCCUACCAACUUUUUCCAGCCCAGGACAGGGGGUCGGGGAACCCCUCCUCAAGGCUGUCCCUGAAUAGCACUCCACAUUCCCCAGAACGCUUCCCCUACAGGGAUGAUGGGGUAUUGCAGCCACGGUCCCCUGCUGUACAAAGGAACUUGUACUGGAACCGUUCAGCUGUGGUGAGGGAGAUGCCCUGGGCAUUCAGGAAUCUGCCCCGGAGAACCAGCCCCCACCUGAGCCAAGACCACCCAUCUGGCAUGCAUAAAACUCCAGCACUCUACCCCUAUUCCUCCACCAGGGUGCCCCACAGGGAAGUGGCAUCCUGGAUGGUCGGACCCCAGCCAGGCCCCCCUGGGGACCACUCUCUGACAGCCUUGCAGAUCGCCAAGUCACUCAGUGAGAUGGACUUCCUGCCUGUAGACCACAAAAGCCCCAUAGCCAUUCCUAGAGCCCAGCAGAGGAUUCUGGGCUACGAGCUCAGCACUGCUUCAGAGAAAGAGGCACCGGUACUGCGUGGGGCUCCGGGAUCCGUGUGGGAGCUUCUGAGCAGCCUGGGGCUUCAACGCUACACCCUGGGGCUCAGUCUCAAUGGCUGGGAUGACCUGGUCUACUUUAGUGAGAUCACAGAGCAGGACCUGCGGGCAGCUGGAGUGACCAGCCCUGCUCACCGAAGACGGAUCCUGGAGAACCUGCCCAGGAUCUGGGAAUGAGGAGCAGGGCUGCGGGGUCCAGCUGACGGCUCCCAGGCCAGCAGCCUCAACCACGGAGGGUCUCGCGAAGCCUCUCCACAGGUCAUGUGAUCCCACAGCAGCGACGGCGGAACUGUGUAGUGACAUUCCCGGUGAUACCUUCCCGUGCGCUUGUUUCCGGACAAUUAAAACCCCCCCCGAAUCUGUCUUCUUCGUCUCUAAAAUAAAGUGUCGUGACCGUCAAUGUUAAGAUGCCACUCAUCCGUCUGCCUAUGGGAACCAAAACUGUUUACGGCUGAAUGGGUUUGCUGGGUCAAUACUGACAUGGCACUUGGCGAGUGAUUUGGCGUCAACUGUUUGUAAAAGGUAUGUCUUGUUGUUUUUCAAGCAUAAAUUACAAUGUCACUUUC